GUUUUCUCCCUUUUUUACAAAACGCCAUUUGUAUGUCACUUGUCAAAAUUAUACAACCACAUUGUUUUUGAUUAUGAAUGCUUUCAUUAAAUGCAUGAUAAGCAUAUCACUGUGACAUUUUCUACGACAUAGAAUGAUUAACGCAAGUUAUGACGAAGCGCAUGAUCCUAAAUAUGGAGAUCCAUUUCCGGUUCCAAUUGUUAUGGCAACAACAGAAACAUUAAAAGGUUAUGGUAAAAUUGUGACAGAUUUUGAAAAUGAAGAGGUGGAAAUAACUCCAUGGCCUGUACAAGGUUGGCGUAAACUAUGCCCUGGCACAGGUACCCUUGGGGGUCUUAUACAUGAUGAGUUAACAUACAAAUGGGUCGGGGACCAGUCACUGUUUACUGACGGCACCGAAGAUGGUGACUUUAUUACUGGCAGAUUGCCAAAACAUGUUUCGCCUGCCGACAGGACGCACGUGCUUGUCAGAGAAGCAAAUUAUCACCCGGAUGGAGGUCAAGUUUUCUACCCGAAGAAUAAAGAUCCCUUUGUUGCCUUACUCGCCUUACCAGGAGACGAUAUCAAACUUGAAGAUUUUGUUGCUUUUUAUUUUGAUGGAACGUUCGGUGUGCAGAUACACGCAGAUAUCUGGCAUCAGCCAAUUUAUCCAAUCAGAGACGCGUCCGUGAUUCGUGGUAAACAAGGGGCGGUACACGCAUGCGUAGCAAUGGAUACUGUGAAAGAGUUCGGAAAGUUUCUACUUGUACCGUUAAAACCGCCAAUUUAGUAUUACUCUUUUAACUGGUUUUUAUAUACAUGUACAUGUAUAUGUUAUGGAAAUUAUUUACUGUGAUGACUGGAAAGAUUAUAGAACACUAUUUUGAUGCUUCUA